CUCGUCGUCACUGUCCUUGACAUGUCGGAAGACAGCGCCGACCUGCUCUCGUCGCCCUCGUCGCUGACCUCGGCCUAUCCCUUCCCCUCGUCGUAUCAGAGACGACCGUCGCGUCGCUUGUCCAACGACAGCACCGUCUCGACCACUUCAAUAGGCGGCUCUCUAGACAUUCAUGCCGCGCGACCCUCGAACUCGCUCAACGAGGCCGGCCAGAAUGCAAUCUCUACCCUCCUGCAACCUCCCAUAGUCCGCACCGGCCGACUGACUCCCGCCGCCUCCGCCGUCUCGACCUACCGGGCCCCGACCACGCGCGACAUUCCUCCUGUGACUCUCUCAAAUAUCCCAAAGGUCGAUCCGUCUGCCUUCAAGGACUACAUCUCCCGCCUCGGCCCUCUCUUCGACAGCCUCAAUCGAUUACGUCGCGACACGCUGCAACGCCAACAGAACGAUGCGCCGUCAAGUCCCGUCCUCAGUCGCCACAACUCGAACGCUUCCCUCCUCUCUCCCGCCGACCCUCCCCAGCCGCGCCGUCGCUCUAGUGCCUACGCUCGCCGCAGACCGAACGAACCCACUCCUCUUUCGAUCAUUCCGAAUGUCUACUUCGACGACAACUUUCAAUUGGAGAAUCCAAGAACCUUCGAUGUCGUCAGCGAACGCGCAGAAAUCGCUCCUGGAACCGCAAAACCAGAGCAGUCGGCCAAUGGUGUCCCCCUACCUCCGCGCAAGGCUCUGGCCAGCAACGCCAUCCUGCAAGAGAAGCUAUCCUGGUAUAUGGAUACCGUAGAGGUUCACCUGAUCCAGUCCAUCUCUUCCGCCUCGACGUCUUUCUUCGCCGCCUUGGGCUCUUUGCGCCAUCUGGAGCAAGAGGCUUCGGACUCUGUCACCAGGAUCCAGAAGUUGAGAGCUGACUUGGCAAAGCUGGAUCAAGACAUGGCAAUGGGCGGUUUGGAGGUCGCCAACUUGCGCAGGAAAUAUCAGAAUAUGCAGAAGCUUGCCAAUGCUGUUGAUCAGGUUGCGCGUGUGGUACAGGAUGCAAAGGACUGCGAAGACUUGGUCGAAAAAGGGGAAUAUGACGCUGCCGCCGGUGCAAUGCUACGCCUCGAUCGCCUGAUGUCUGGACAAUCCGACCCCUCCUCGGACCCUCAACCAGUAGAACUGCACGACCUGCGUUCACUCCACGCCCUCCAAGGCCUUUCUGCCUCCAUGAAUCAACUACGCUUCCGCAUAGGCAGAGGCUUCGAGUCCCGCUUUCUUGAGACAUUGCUCUCGGACCUACGGAGACACGUCGACAAUGUUCCACCAAAAGACACCAUGCGCCGCUGGGCGAGUACCUCAAUGCGCUUACGAGGCUUGCAGACUGGCCCAACUGCUUACAUGGAGAUUCAUGACCAAUUCCGAAAAGACCUGCUUGCUUCGUUACACGGCCUGAGCAACUCGGCGCAGACUGCACAAGCGACAGCUGAUUUCAGGGAAGCCAUCAUGAGGGAAAUGAAACACUUGAUCCGCAAACACCUCCCCAGCUCUAAUGAUGAUGAUAAUGAGUCUGUCACAUCAGUUGCUACACGAACCAGCAAAGCCGCGAGCCAACAGGAAAAGUCCAUUAUACUGGCCAGAAAUCUGCGAGCCAUGGAUGAGGAGUCUGCCGAAGAUAUGGUUGUCAGCAUAUACACAGACAUUAGUGAAGCUUUGCGACGGCUGAGCAUCCAGAUCAAGGUUCUACUUGAUUUGACCAGUACCAUGGACGCUCCUGAUUCGCUGAAGUCCCCCACGAGUCCCAGCACUAAACCAGCCGAUCGAUCUCGAAGUCCAGCGCCUAGAAUGAAUGGUAUACAAGAGGAAUUAAGCCAGGCACUCGAUAUGUCCAGUCUACUCGGUCAAGCUGUCGAUGUAGCGCAUACCCAAGUCACACGGAUUCUCAAAGUACGCACCGAGCAGGUGAAUCACCUACCGCUGGACCGCUUCCUCCGCUACUUUACGAUCAACCGCUUAUUCGCCGAUGAAUGCGAGGCCAUUUCCGGUCGCUCUGGGACGCAACUGAAAGCCCUGGUGAACACACAGAUUAACACGUUUGUACGAGCAUACGGCGAUGCUGAGAAUCAGCGUAUUGCUCAGACUCUGGACUCUGAUCAAUGGGAAGCCAAAGAUUUCAAAGAGACUGACCAGGCAGUACUCUCUCGCAUUCUGCAAGGCAUGUCCUCAGAUCCACCUAUAUGGCUCCAGGGUACGCGCGUGUGGGAAGAUGCAUCGAGACCAGAAGCCAACAACGCCAGUUCUUCGUCAAAUGGCGAGAGCACGGAUGCCAAAUCUACCAACCGCCCUGCAUACAUCGAUGACACACGCUACAUCUUGGUUUCAUCUGCCAUUUCACUACUCCAACCUAUUGACAGCUUCCUUGCGCUGAUGACCAGCAUACCGUCAAUCACCUCGGCUGCCGUUCCCGCCUUGGUUGACGUCCUCAGGACCUUCAAUUCUCGCACAUCGCAACUCAUUCUCGGCGCUGGCGCCACGCGAAUUGCUGGACUGAAGAAUAUCACUACAAAGCAUCUAGCUUUGGCCUCACAAGCGCUCAGCUUUGUCAUCGCCAUGUCACCUUAUCUUCGUGAAGCCGUCCGCAGACACGCGAGCACGGCCAACAAAGCUGAAGUAUUGGGCGAAUUCGAUAAGCUGAAGAGAUUAUAUCAGGAUCACCAGAUGGCGAUUCAUGACAAGCUUGUCGAAAUCAUGACAGCGAGGGCGACGUCGCAUGUCAACUCCAUGAAGAAAAUAGACUUUGAUGCCGAAGCAAAGAAGAACGCAGAUGGCACCAGUGCGUACAUGGAGACAUUGACCAAAGAAACAGGUACACUGCACCGCGUUCUGAGCAGGCAUCUGGCAGAAAUGGAUGUAACGGUUAUCCUCAGCCAGAUAUUCGCCAACUACAAGGAGCAAUGGCUCAAAGCGUUCCAGGGAGUGGAUGUCAAGACGAUGGCCGGCAAACAAAGGCUUCUCAAAGACGCCCAACUGUUUGAUUUGAAGUUGAGUAAGAUUGACGGCUUCGGAGACAUGGGCAAGACGCUCGUCGACGCCGUCGGCGCGAAAGCAGUGAUUCAGGAGAAGCCCGAUCUUCCACCGCCUCCACCAUUGAAGAAGGACGUGGAAAUGACGACUAACGAUGUCGUAAAGGAGAAACCGUUACCUAUAGCGCCGGAAGCUGCUAUCGAUAAUAAUAACAAAGAGGCCGAGGACCCAACGUUGAAGGUAGAGGAGAACGGUGAAACUAAAAGCUAGAAGCUAGAGAUGCAUUUCACAAUAAUCAACAUCUAUCCAUUCAUCGCUAUAUCGUACGAAUAACGAGGCGUAUGAAUACUAAGUAAGAGCUUCCCCGAGAGGCGACACUUGGAACAAGACAAGCAAGUGCAAUUGGUGGCCUGACCUCCUCGUUCCUGCCUCAAGCCAGUGUCGGUGUUGAGAUCAGGGUGAUGACCCCAACCAUGCUUGUGGGACAUUUAAUUGCUUCCACA